GCCGUUGAAUUUUACCGCUGAUAAGAGCUUCGAUGCGUUGGGUCGUCUGUUUAUUAGUCAUAUUGCGGCGUUUCGAGAAUAUCAAGCCAAGCCAUUGUCAAAAAUAUCAGGACCAUUAUUGCGGAAUCCUUUUCACAGCAUCGUAACAAAGAACGUCUUGCAUGGAGCUGGAUCGAUAAGGACUCAAUCACUUUUGGCUGUGGUAGAAGAAUACUCGUGCUAUCUAUGUCACGGUUGACAUGAAGGGUGUCCGUUGUGUCCACAUUGGGUGUGAUCGUUAAUAAAAAAAAUUGGACGUGACCUCAUGUCCAGGCCCAAUCGGACAUUUUGGCUGAAAAUAGACUCUCCUUGACUGGGUGGAUUUAAAGUGUCGGCUCGAUCAGGAGCGACGCUUUUCUUCUGGCCUUCGGAGUGUCGGAAACUCGACCCCACUUCCAAGGCCGUAAUUACAAUCCGAAGAACAUUGUAGAAGUAUUAAUAUUUCGAUUGUGAAAUCCUUUAUACGUUGAUAUAUUCCAGACUGCUACCAGUCGUCUCGAGUUGCAGAAACCAUACACCAGGGUGCAACAGCAACGACAACGAUGGAGGUCCCUCGAAACUGAAAAUCAGCCUCAUGUUACACUUCUAUUGAAUAACAAUUGAAGAACAUUACAGUGGAACAAGAAGUAAGAGCAACAAGAGCCAUUUUGGUUUUACCAGAGAUUGAUAUUCGGUGUCCAGCAUGGUAGCUGCCACAUUGUUGCUGGUGACCGUCGCAGUGGCCGUGGCUUUAUGGUCAUUUCAUUGUUACGUUAGAGGUGGAAAACGAGGAGAACUUAUUAACAAGAUCCCUGGACCAGUGGCUUUGCCCUUUAUCGGGAACAUUUUGUCAUUUUUAGUGCCUUUUGAGGAAUUAUGGUAUGUCUUAAGACGUCACAAUCGGGACUAUUAUCCCAUUUAUAGACUUUGGAGUGUGAGAUGGCCCGUAGUUAAUUUGCAGCAUCCCGAUGAUUUGGAGGUCUUGCUGUCGAGCCCGAAGCAUAUUGAGAAAAGUCUUAUCUAUAAUUUUCUUCACCCAUGGUUUGGUACAGGUUUAUUAACAAGUACAGGAACGAAAUGGCAAACUCGACGGAAGAUCUUAACGCCGGCAUUUCACUUCAAUGUUCUUCAGGAAUUCGUUGAUGUGUUCGUCGAUCAAGCAGACCAACUUGUGAAUUCUUUAAAAGCAGAAGGAGGAAGCGUAGUUAAAGAUUUACUUCCUCUUCUGACUAAUUACACUUUGGAUACCAUUUGCGAGACUGCAAUGGGAACGAGAUUGGAUGGUAAAAGUGUACUUCACAGCAAGUAUAGAUCAGCCGUUAGCGAGAUGAGCGAAGUCGUGAUUUAUAGACUAGUGAGGCCAUGGACACACCCUAACUGGUUAUUCACGUUAUACCCAAAAUAUUCCGUACAGAAGCGAGCGCUGAAAAUACUUCACGGUUUUUCAACAAAAAUUAUAGGUGAGAGGACGCAAUACCACGAUGAAAACCCUGGAGCAUUUUUAGAAAGUUACCAGGAGAACGGAAACUACGUGAAUCGGUCAGAAAUAGAGUCCAGCAAUGGGAAGAAGAAGAAGAGAUUAGCAAUGUUAGAUCUGUUGAUUGCUGCAUCGCGAUUGCACGGUAGAAUCGAUGACGAUGGCAUCAGAGAAGAAGUCGAUACAUUCAUGUUCAGGGGACACGACACAACGGCAAUGGGACUGUGCUUCGCCCUUUUGCUCUUAGCCGAGAACAAGGAAAUUCAGGAUCGCGCAAGAAGGGAGAUCGACGGGAUUUUCGAAGAAAGUGGUGGGAAGAUCACAAUGGCCGAGGUACAGCGAAUGACUUAUUUGGAUCGUUGCAUCAAAGAAGCGCUCCGUCUGUUCCCAAGUGUCCCUUUUAUAUCCCGGCAAACCGCAGAAGACCUCCAACUAAAAAAUUACGUGAUACCAAAGGACACGAUUAUCCAAGUGCACGUCUACGACCUUCAUAGAGAUCCGAAUUUCUGGCCGAAUCCUGAGCUCUUCGAUCCAGAUAGAUUCCUGCCAGAACGAAUCCAAGGACGCCAUCCAUUUUCGUACGUGCCAUUCAGCGGGGGGCCCCGUAAUUGCAUAGGUCAAAGGUUCGCCAUGUUGGAGCUGAAGACGCUGAUAAGUCACAUUAUGUACAAUUUUUACAUGGAGCCGAUCGACUUCACCAACGACGUAAGAUUUUAUCCGGAUUUGGUGCUGCGGCCAGGGCAUCCCAUCCGAGUGAAAUUCGUCCCCAGAUCGGCAUAAAAAGGACAUCACGGAUUACCUACCAAGUAAAGCUGUAAUAAUUCUCGAAUAAUCCUCUCCAAUGGCCACGACUAUGGGAAUAUCUCAAACUCAAUGCACUCAACGUACAUCGGAGAGAAGCGAUAUCUAGUAACCUCAAUUGCGCUAAAACGAUGCCGAUAAUCUCUGCUAAAUUCCAUUUAGAGACUAUAAACGUGGAAGUGGACUCUAGUGGCAUCUACGACAGGGUACUUUUACAUAUGAGCUUAUAUUUCGUGUAAUUUCUUUACAUCAGCCGACUACCUGUUUUAUAUAUAAAGCUUCCAUCCAAAAAAA